AUGAAUGUAAAGCCAUUAAUGCCGUACUUUCCAGAAGAAAUCAUCAAGGAAAUCCAUUCGAGGUUACCUCCCAAAUCUCUCUUAAAAUUCAGGUGUGUAUCAAAACUUUGGAGCGUCCUUUAUAAUAACCCUAAGCUUAUUGAGAUGAUGCAAAUCAAUUUCAAUAUCAUGAUAGUAUAUGACGACAAUAUGUAUCAUACAGAUAGCGAAUCAUUAUCAUCAUUACUUGACGGUAUGGAGAGGAUUCAUUGCCCAGACCCAGAAUUUGAAUAUGGUAAUAAUAGAUCAUCAUCAUUACUUGACGGUAUGGAGCAGAUUCAUUGCCCAGACCCAGAUUUUGAAUAUGGUUACAGUAUCACUGGUUUUGUGGGUUGUUGUAAUGGCUUGUUUUGCUUACUUAUUCACAAUCGGGGGGGUAUUGAUUAUUGUUUAUGGAACCCAUCUACUGGGGAUUGCAAACGAAUACCAAGUCCACCUGAUCAAUUCGAUUAUUCUUUACACGGAUACUCAGCAAUUAAAGGAUAUGGGUUUGGUUAUGACUCGAAAAGUGAUGAUUACAAGUUUGUAUGUAUUACAACAGAUUUUAAUUGUAACCUAUCUGCAGUUCAGAUCUAUUCACUUAAAUCAGAUUCAUGGAAACAAGUCAAACGGAAUCUUAAUAUCCCUUGGCUACUACCUUUGCGAACCGAUCUCCAGUACGCAGUGUUUUGUAAUGGAGCACUUCAUUGGCAGACAUCUUCGUCGUCCAAAGAGUUAAUUGCUUUAGGCAUGACUGAUGAGCUCAUCGGAGGAAUCUCACCACCAGAAAAUUCAAAUUUCGACGAGGAUCCCGAUGACACUACACGUAUUGGUAUGUUGGAUGGGUGUCUUUCCAUGCUUUAUAGUAGUACAACCCUUGGUAUUGAAGUAUGGUUGAUGAAGGAUUAUGGAGAGAAAGAGUCAUGGACUAAAAUUUACAGCAUUCCGAAACUGACAUCCCUAGAUGGUCGAGUGUCAAGGCAUUUGUGCUUGAGAAGGAUCAAGUGUUUAAAAAGUGGAGAGAUGCUAUUAGAGGUUAGUUACCAAUGGUUUGCGCCUUAUAGAAAGGCUUUGGUUUUAUAUGAUCCAAAGAACGAAACUUCUGAAACUUUGAUGGAAGAUGAGGACGAGUACUAUUCAAAUUUACUAUCAUUUCAUAGUUAUGUGAAGAGUUCUGUUUCGGUUUGGUUGGGUACUAUGCUGGCUAAUUGUCAUGGAACUUGA